CCUGCCGGGGCAAGCUCUACAGUUCCUCGCGCUCCUUCUUUCGAGAUGCUCGAUCUCGACGAGACACUUCGUGCACUCUACUUUGCGCCCUUGCCUUUGAUUGUAUUGGACAACAAUCGCACUGUGCGACUAUGCAAUCGACCUGCUGAGCAUCUCCUUCGAGUAGCCGCACCGGCCUGCACGGGGCAGCGGUUUGAGAGCUUGGUUGCGCCAACAUCUCGGAAUACCUUCACUUUAGCUCUCAACGAGGCAGUAAGUCAACAAGCCCAGAUCUUAGCAUGGCACGGUCCGACGAUGACGCGAGUUUUGAUGCGCACCGGGGAAGAGCAGCAGCCGUUGCAGUGCGACCUCAGCAUCAGUGCAUGGGUGAGUACCUGUCAGAGCAAGGCUUCCUCAGCAGACAAGGCUGUCGCUGCGUCUAGCGCCGCCCAACUGUCACCCCGGACAACACCUCAAAGCGUCCCUGCUGAAGACCAAAGCUCGCCGCCCAACGGUCGCUCCGAAGCUUUGGCUAGCGCGUCAGCGCACCACCUCCCGCACGAGUCGAUGUUCACAAUCUCCAUAGCGCCAGUUCGAACUGGGGAGAGGCGCUCCAGUCCAGGGGGAGGUCACCUGACCAAAGCGGACAUGCUACGCGAAAGUGUCCUGCAUACAAUCGAAGUGCCCAUGCUCGCCUUGAACUGCGAAGGCACUACGAUGAUCACGAAUCGUGCAGCGAAUGAUGUGCUAAGCAUUUUCAGACGACAGCAACCAGUCAAGAGAGAGAAGAAGGAUGGCGAUUCAACGCUCGAUCCUAACGUGGUCAACACGGAAAUCGAUCUGACGUGGAUCACCGAGAAUAUGGACUGCUACGACGAGAACUUCGAGCACCCUAUCCCCGAAAGCGAGUUCCCAAUCUAUCGCGCAACAGUUUUGGCGCAGCCGACCGCUGCUAAAGUCAUGGGUAUCGAAAAUCCUUUCACUGGUCGCCGCAUCGUCAUGGAGAUCUCUGGUCGGCCGAUACGUGACAACGGAGGCUUCGGGGAGCACAUUGGCGGCCUGAUCACCUUCCGCGACGUCACCGGCGAGCGUGCUAAGCGCGAAGAAGACAUCCAGGAACAGGGUGAUGCUUACUUCAAGCAGCUGUGCGACGCCAUGCCCCAGCUUGUCUGGGUGACAACUCCUACUGGCUUUGUCGAAUGGUAUUCGAAGGCGUGGUACGAUUACACUGGUCAGGACGAGCAGGACGCGCAAGGCGUCGGAUGGGGCUCUGUCCUUGCUCCUGAGGACGUGCCCGAGACCAACCGGAGGUGGAGCCACUCUUUGCGAACUGGGGAACAGUAUGAGACAGCUUACCGGUGCAAGAGAAAGGAUGGCGUGUACAGAUGGUUCUUGGGUCGAGCACGCCCGUUCCGUGAUGCGCGUACUGGUGCUAUCAAAGGCUGGGCUGGCUCUUGUACGGACAUCCACGAUCAGGUAGAGGCCCUUGCUGCAAGUCGCCAGGCCCAGACUCAGCUGGAAAGCGUCAUCAAUCAGGCCGCCAUGACCCUCUGGGCGAUAGAUAGAGAAGGAGUCGUAACUGUGGCUGAAGGUCCAGGCGUGCGUCAGCUCAAGCUCAUGGCGCCCACCACACCAAUGGGCUCUGAGCGCGACGUGAGUACGAGCCAAGCAGAUCGCGCGAGCGAAGACGGCAUGCAGAUGCAAGCCUCCAGCAAUAGUAACAGCAACAGCAAUAGCAACAGCAGCAACAGCAGAUAUCGCCAUUCGAUGAUCGGGCGCAGCGUCUACGAUGUCUGGAACUCCGUCGAAAUCAGAUUGGCCAUCCAGAAGGCGCUAGCCGGCGAAUCCGUUGUCGAAGAGAUGGAAAUCGAAGGGCGGCACUUUAGAACGAGCUACAAUCCUCUGCGAGCCUCUGACCCAGAGGCACCGAUCGCAGGCUUGCCCACAGAAACCUAUGAGAGUGAGAUCAUAGGAGUCGUUGGAUCGUCGAUGGACAUUACGGAGCGCAAGCGAGCUCAGAUCAGGAUGGAGGAAAGCUUGAUCGAAAAGUCCCGCGCACUGGCAGCUGAAGGCGCGGCUAGGGAAGCGAGCCGAUUAAAGUCGGAAUUUUUGGCGAACAUGUCUCACGAGAUUCGCACUCCCAUUGCUGGUGUAAUUGGUCUGUCCGAGCUGCUGCUGGACGAGAAGCUCACGACUCAGCAGCGUGACUAUGCAGAGACGAUUCAAAGAUCGGCGGAAGGCCUACUGACGGUCAUCAACGAUGUGCUCGACUUUUCAAAGGUCGAGAUAGGCAAAUUAGACGUGGAAAGAGCUCCGUUCAAUUUGGAGGUCGUUUUGCGGGAUCAAAAACGGAUGUUGAGCUUUGCUACGCAAAAGAAAGGGCUAGAUUUCCGGGACUCCGUCAGAUUGGGCUACAAGGGUAUGCUGCUUGGUGACGCUGGUCGCCUGCGUCAAGUCAUCACAAACAUUCUCACCAACGCUAUCAAGUUCACGUCGGAAGGAUACAUCUCCUUGGAUGUUGCAGAGGUCAAGGAAGACGCUGAGCACCUCACUGUGCGAUUUGAUGUGCGCGAUACAGGUUGCGGCAUUUCGACCGAAGUUCUAUCUCGCCUCUUUCAACCCUUCAGUCAAGCAGAUCCUUCCACUGCUAGACGAUUCGGAGGCACUGGUCUGGGCUUGAGCAUUUCCAAGAAUCUCGUCGAGCUCAUGCACGGCAAGAUCGGGCUGAACUCGGUUGAGGGGCAGGGAUCCCACGCAUGGUUCUGGGUACCCUUCCUAAAGGCCAAAGAACCUUCCAUCAGCGACAUGGAUGAGAAGACGUCUGCGAAAGUGCUAGCCGAUUCGGCAGCCGGCAACGUGGGCAUGCCAGGACUUGAGCGCAAUCCUUUGUCGCGGCCACGCAAGGACAUUUGGAUCCUCAUCGCAGAGGACAAUUUGGUCAAUGCGCAAAUCGCGAGCAAGAACCUUCGCAAGAUGGGCUUCAGCUGUCGGACGGCUGAGAACGGCAAGCUUGCCCUUGACGAGUUGGGCCGUAACACGUACGAUGCAGUGCUCAUGGACUGUCAAAUGCCAGAGAUGGACGGGUAUGAAGCAACGCGACUUAUUCGAGCUUCACAGAAUACCGACACGAGAAGUUUGCCGGUCAUUGCUUUGACCGCUUCUGCUAUCAAAGGCGAUCGAGAGCGAGCGCUGGAAGCUGGAAUGAAUGACUACAUCUCCAAGCCUGUGAAGCGUCCUCUGUUGGAGUCUACGUUGUGCAGAUGGCUCUACGAUCAGGACGCCCGCCAAAGCCUUUCGAGGUAUUCGAAUCCUCCUUUGUCGCCUACGCCCGAGGACGCGUCUCCCGUGACGGCGGCGGCAGUGUCUGCGGCCUUGGGCACCAGCGCGCCUCUGAGCUCACAAGCCAUACAAGCUUCGCUGGAUGUUGGACCCUCGCCACGAAGCCAGGAAGACACGACGGCUCUGGGCGCCACGGGCAAGUCACCGGGUCUUUCCCCGAGCAGCACUGUCAGUCAAGUUCAACGCACUCUCAAAGUGAACACCUCAGAUGCUUUGACCACGGCAGCAGAGCUCUUGGCCGCUCGGCGCGCGUCCGACGAAGGAUCGCCGAGCGUGAGGUUGAAACGACCACCUCUAGGGUCGAGAAGCCACUCGCACAACCCCAGCUCCACAACUAGCGAAGAGUCGCUCUCUUAUGCCAAGAUGACAGGCGCCAAGUCGUACCAGCAAGCAGCGCCGCCAGGGGUGCCGCGAAUGGUCCGUCGCUCAAGCCGCGAACAAGGAGGAAUGGGAAGAGAUUUGGAAGGCGAAGUGCUGAAAGCUGUGGCUGGACUGGCUAGCGAGCCCAGGCUGGAAGCGGCGAUGGAGAAUUCGGAGGGGGAACAACUUGAGCAACUACUUGCCCAGGCGCACGCGCAAGCGGCCGGAGAUAUUUCUAGCGACACUCUGCCUCAUAUUACGGACCAACAAGUCGAUGCGGACGGCGACUCGCCCAUGCCCGACGCUGUGUACGGCCCGUAACUGCCAUCAGGAUGUGUCAAUCCCGGCACGGACGAGCCUGUGACACUGGACUGCAUGCAUCUCUUCGACAUUCUUCCGCCUUUGUUUCGUGGAAACCUUUUGCUUCAUGUGCACAGUAUCCUUUUCUCUCGUAUAUCUUCUCUCGUAUGCAAAAAGCGACAUUUCCUCGGUUUUGACUGUGCAGCAUCUCCUUGGCCACGCAUGUAUCCAUGUAUCCUCUGCCAUGAUGCCGCAGUAGAAGAAUGCCAUGGCUCUUUGGUGUCAUAAAGCAUCUCGCUCUGGUCUGAAGCUGCGUAGAAGCGAGGACAGACUCAUUACUGGCACUACCUUGACCUAUUGUGGGACCUGCGAUUCUCGAAUCGUGGACGACCUCCUAUCACACCGCUCGCCGGUCGAGUCGCUAGGCCUCUCAAGGAGAGGGGGAGGCCUGGCCAGUCGUCUGAUAGACACUUGUGUGGAGUUG